AUGAUUCUCAACUGUUUUAGCGAAAUAGGGCAUACUACUCUCGUUCGAAUCCUGCUCCCUCCACCUCCUCCCCGCUUACCCGUGGCAAGGAUAACCCGGCUGGCUAUCGACAACAACCACCCGCCUGUGCCGUCGAGCCCACACUUGUUGGGAACUUCGUCUCCAUGGCUACAAACGACCGACAGCUCCGCUGUUUGGACACAGGCCCCUCUCGAUGAAGAGCCGUCAACUGCCGUCAGACGAAUCCUCCGUGCGCCUGAAGGCACGGGGUCGCGUCAGUGA